ACUCAUUCACUUCUGUACCUGACCGCCAUAGAGCGGGUUCCAUCCCCAACCUGAACACAUAACGCGACAUAUAACGGGCUCUAUAGAUAGCGUGAUCAGCUCCCAACCUCAUGUAUACACAAUGUUAAAUCAAGUAAUCUACAAGACCACGCCAGAAUGACUGCAUCUAAAAUAGGUCAGAAACUGCAAAUGCACGCCAGGUAAUUAUUUUAAGAGAAACAGCAGAGGUGGAUGAGGAAAUGCCUACAUUUAUACCAUGUGUGUGUGGCAUCGUGUUAAAGAGAAGGAGAGAAAAGGAGAAAGAGAGUGGCGGACUAUAUUCAGUGAAUAAAUUGCAAACAGUUCUGAACAUAAACUGCAGGGAUCUAGUUAGAAUGAGCUCUCCCAACUCUCUUAUCUGUCCACCGUGCUGCUAUGGAACGCUGACAGGCUCAUAAUCCAUACUGUUCAUUCGCUCAUGCAGUGCUAAUCUAAGAUCCCUCGCAGGUUGGAGAUUAACUAGUAGCAGAGAGAGCGAGAGAGAGAGGCAGUGACCAUAGAUUUAGGCCAAUAGCAUCACAGGGCAAACACUGGCCAGGGACAGGAGAGAAAGAGCGGUAGAAAGACAAGAGAAGGAGAGAGAGUGGGUGCCAUACAGACAACACAUACGCAUUGAGAAAAACGCUAGGAAUCCAGAAACUACGCCCACAAGCUAGUUUUACAAAGACAAGGAUGGCCACCACGAUUUCUGCCAGUAUCUAGUGAAGCCCACCUGAACACAACUCUGCAGUCCGGAGUUGACACAUUGCCCACCUGCUCAGCGUGUCCAGCUAAACCCACUGCCCUGGACCUGCUGCGGGGGACACAGACUGGGAGAAGGAGGAGAGAGGGGAACAAGAGGACCAGUGCCAGGUCAGGAAAGAGACUCGAGCGGCACCUCCGAGGAGCCAUGAGGACAGCCAGGCGGGCCAGCACCGUGGAGGUGCCCUCCUUCCUCCGCCAGCUAGCCAAGGAGACAGAGAAGAUGGUCACCUUCUUCUUUAAGGGGGGACAGAGAGAUGGCCAGGAGGGGAGCGAAGAGGACUUCAGUGAUGAGGAUAACGGGCCGAGCGUCUACCUGGACCGGCCCGUCCUGGAUAAACACACGGCCGAGGGGAGGUCUCAGUGGGGGGUGAACUAUGCAACGGCCAGCAUGCAGGGCUGGAGGGCGCAGAUGGAGGACGCCCACGCCUGCAUGCCGGAGAUGGGAGGGGAGCUGGCGGAGUGGGGCUACUAUGCAGUGUUUGAUGGACACGCUGGCAACACGGUGGCACAGUACUGCUCCCAUAACCUGCUGCAACACAUCCUCGCUACAGGGCGCGUAAAGGCACAGGAGGACCCUGACGACGUGAAGGAGGGGAUCAUCGAGGGCUUCCUGGCCAUUGACAGCCACAUGCACACACUGACGCGCCAGGAAUGCUGGGAGCGCAGCGGCUCCACGGCGGCCGCCGUCAUACUCUCGCCGCAGUACGUCUACUUCGUCAACUGUGGCGACUCGCGGACGCUCCUCUGCCGCGACGGCCAGGUCAUCUUCUACACGGAGGACCACAAGCCCUUCAACCCCAGGGAGAAGGAGCGGAUACAGAACGCGGGCGGCUCGGUGACCCAGCAUAGGGUGAACGGCUCCCUCGCCGUGUCCAGGUCCCUGGGAGACUUUGACUUUAAGGAGGUGGACUGGAGGUCCCAGACUGAGCAGCUGGUCUCCCCAGAGCCAGAGGUGUACGAGCUGGAGAGGUCCCCGCAAGACGAGUUCCUCAUAGUGGCUUGUGACGGAGUGUGGGACGCCAUCGGCAACGAGGAGCUGUGUGCGUUCGUCCACAGUCGCCUGCAGGUGUGUGAUGACCUGAGGGAGAUCUGCAACCAGGUCAUUGACCUCUGCCUCUAUAAGGGUAGUUUGGACAACAUGAGCAUCAUCAUUGUGACCUUCCCUGGUGCACCCCAGGUGUCACAAGAGGCCCUACAAAAAGAGGCCGAGCUAGAGACAAUCCUCGAAGCCAAAGUGGAAGAGAUUGUCAACUUGCUAAAGUCGCGGGACAAGGACCCGGACCUGCUGUACGUGAUGAAGUUUCUGGUCUCUGAGGACAUACCUGGCCUGCCACCAGGGGGAGGAGUCACCAGCAAAAGAGACUGUGUCAUCUCUGCAUAUCAGAAGUUUGUAACGCCCUUCGGAUCUCUGGAACCAAUGGUAGGAGAAGACCAAACAUAGAGGGCACGCUCUUGCACUGUCUCACUAAACACAUAAGCGCAAACUGGACUACAAAAGUAACUAAGUUACUUUCCCCCCUGACACUUAAUUGACGCGUCGCAUUCCAGGACAUCGGAGGAUCUGAAGAGUCCAACUAGUCGUAUCCAUGGAAAUGUAUUCUUCAGCCUCGCGUAUCCAUGGCGACCAUUUAGAAUUGGGGCCUCCGCUUUUCAGCUGAGCAAACAGCCAAUAGCUAAAUAAAGAACUAUGGUGGGAGGGGGUGUGACCUGGGCCUGCCCUUAGCCAAUCAUCUCUUCUCUGUUCCUCAUUUGCACUGUCUAUCAAUAAAUCUACUGUAGCAUCAGAGAAUAUCAAAUAGUUAGCAUUAUUCCAGUAAGGGAAUAAUUACAUAUUCCAAAACAUGAUAAUUAGAUAUAAUAUUUAUUAACUUUCUUACUUUACACUUUACAGUGCCUGGGUAGUUAAUUUUGUUCAAGACUAGAAGCUUAUGAAUAAGGCUGAUCAUGUUACUUCAUUUAAAAUGCCGCAUCAAAUUCAAUUGAAAAAAAAACACCCCUUCAACCAUUGCAGACCAGUGAAGGCUCCGAUAUGCAUGUGUCCUGUGAUGGCAUGGCCUACACUAUAUAAUCUGCAUAAUCCUGUGAGGGACCAUAGGUGACAGGAAUAGAUGUGUGUCAUGACGAUGAUGGACACCACAUCAUAUGUCCAAGGGUGUGUGAAUGUGUGUGUGUGUGAGUGGAUAACAUGGGCUGUGGGAUUAUUAGCACACACACUGUAACCUGUUGCAGUUUGGAGCACAGACGCUGACAGUUAGACAUGAUUGAGACCCGUGUGACAGGUAAAGGAGUACAGCUACAGGUCAAAUGUUCUUCUGCUUUUGAAAAUAAGCAUAUUUUUGCCGUUAGCACGUUUUUUCUUUUCGAUUACAUGUCAUUGUGCUGCCUUACAAAGCUCUCUGUUGCUGUACGGUUAUUUAAUUACUCCUUCGGAUCACACCAAACGGGUGGACAUAGUAGCUGUAUUCCAUGACAGAGGUCAAAAAGAGCUAGACUCGAGAUCAAACACUGCUGCGGCAUGUCCGUGUGAAUUCUAUGAAAUCGGGAGGAAGUGGGAUCCAAGAGCGCAACAGAUUUACCAUGAGGACUUUCACAACUGUAUGUCAGUGAUUUGAUGACUGUAUGGGCAUCGCAUUUUAAGCCCUUAACUGACCCAAGGGGCAAUAAAUGAAUGAAAUAAAAUGACAUUCUGGGA